AUGGGUACCAAGAUCGUUAAGAAAUCAGUUGUUAAACCAAAAAAGGAAGGUAAAGUCGUUAGACCUAAAAAAGAAACUAAACAAGUUAUAAUAAAAUCUAAAAAAGCUGCACCAGAACCUGAAUCAGAAUCUCAAAGUGAAAAUGAAGAUGAAUUAAAACAAGUACCUAAUGAAUCAAGUGAUGAUGAAUCAGAUACUGAUUUUGAAGAUGAUGGUACUUUAAAAAUAAAGAAGAAUGCUUCAUCAAAAGAACAAGAUGAUGAAUCUUCUGAUGAUGAAGAUUUUGAAGAUGAAGAAUUAGGUGGUUUUUCAAGUACAGAUGAUGAAGAUGAAGAAGAACAAGAUGAUGAUGAAAGUGAAAAUGAUGAAGAAGAAGAAGAAGAAGAACCAAAAGAAAAGAAAUCAAGCAAAAAAUCUAAAGCUGAAACACAUCAAGUUAAAAAAUUACCAAAAGUUGAUAAUAAAACUAAUAAAAAAUCUAAAAAAACCAAAAAAGGUGUUAUAUAUAUUGGUCGUUUACCAGAUGGGUUUGAAGAAGCAGAAUUGAGUAAAUAUUUCAAUCAAUUUGGUGAAAUAACAAAUAUCAAAUUAGCACGUAAUAAAAAAACUGGUAAUUCAAGACAUUUUGGAUUUUUAGAAUUUAAUAAUGGUGAUGAUGCAAAAAUUGCACAAGAAACAAUGAAUAAUUAUUUAUUAAUGAAUCAUCAAUUAAAAGUUGAAUUAGUUCAAGAAGAAUUUAAAUCAUCUAAAAAAGCUAAAAAAGCUUUUUUCAAAGUUAGUAAAUUGAAAAAAGAUGUUGGUAAAUUAAAUGCAAAAGAUCAAGCUAAAAGAGAAAAAAGAGCUAAAGCUUUAGAAGCUGCUGGUAUUAACUUUUAA